GGCAGCGCGGCGGCGGCGGCGGCGGCGGCGGCGGCGGCGGCUGGGCCUUGAGCGCCCGCUGCCCACCUCUCGGGGGCGGGCUCCCGGCGCGAACAAGGCUGAAGAGAAGAUGGAGGAGCUGGUGGUGGAGGUGCGGGGCUCCAAUGGCGCUUUCUACAAGGCAUUUGUAAAGGAUGUUCAUGAAGAUUCAAUAACAGUUGCAUUUGAAAACAACUGGCAGCCAGAGAGACAGAUUCCAUUCCAUGAUGUGAGAUUCCCACCACCUGUAGGUUAUAAUAAAGAUAUAAAUGAAAGUGAUGAAGUUGAGGUUUAUUCCAGAGCAAAUGAAAAAGAGCCUUGCUGUUGGUGGUUAGCUAAAGUGAGGAUGAUAAAGGGUGAGUUUUAUGUGAUAGAAUAUGCAGCAUGUGAUGCUACAUACAAUGAAAUUGUCACGAUUGAGCGUCUACGAUCGGUUAAUCCAAACAAACCUGCUACAAAAGAUACUUUCCAUAAGAUCAAACUUGAGGUGCCAGAAGACUUAAGACAAAUGUGUGCCAAAGAAUCGGCACAUAAGGACUUUAAAAAGGCAGUUGGUGCCUUCUCUGUAACUUAUGAUCCAGAAAAUUAUCAGCUUGUCAUUUUGUCCAUCAAUGAAGUCACUUCAAAGCGAGCACAUAUGUUGAUUGACAUGCACUUUCGAAGUCUGCGCACUAAGUUGUCUCUGAUACUGAGAAAUGAAGAAGCUAGUAAGCAGCUGGAGAGUUCAAGGCAGCUUGCCUCAAGGUUUCAUGAACAGUUUAUUGUACGAGAAGAUCUGAUGGGUCUAGCAAUUGGUACUCAUGGUGCUAAUAUUCAGCAAGCUAGAAAAGUACCUGGGGUCACUGCUAUUGAUCUAGAUGAAGAUACCUGCACGUUUCAUAUUUAUGGAGAGGAUCAGGAUGCAGUGAAAAAGGCUAGAAGCUUUCUUGAAUUUGCUGAAGAUGUCAUACAAGUUCCAAGAAACUUAGUAGGUAAAGUAAUAGGAAAAAAUGGAAAACUGAUUCAGGAGAUUGUGGACAAGUCAGGAGUUGUGAGGGUGAGAAUUGAGGCCGAAAAUGAGAAAAAUGUCCCACAGGAAGAGGAAAUUAUGCCACCAAAUUCCCUACCUUCCAAUAAUUCAAGGGUUGGACCUAACCCCUCUGAAGAAAAAAAACAUUUAGAUAUAAAGGAAAACAGCACCCAUUUUACUCAACCAAACAGUACAAAAGUCCAGAGGGGUAUGGUACCAUUUGUUUUUGUGGGAACAAAGGAUAGCAUAGCUAAUGCCACUGUUCUCUUGGAUUAUCACCUGAACUACUUAAAGGAAGUAGACCAGUUGCGUUUGGAGAGAUUACAAAUUGAUGAGCAGUUGCGACAGAUUGGAGCUAGUUCUAGACCACCACCAAAUCGUACAGAUAAGGAAAAAGGCUAUGUGACUGAGGAUGGUCAAGGAAUGGGUCGAGGUAGUAGACCUUACAGAAAUAGGGGGCACGGCAGACGCGGUCCUGGAUAUACUUCAGGAACUAAUUCUGAAGCAUCAAAUGCUUCUGAAACAGAAUCUGACCACAGAGACGAACUCAGUGAUUGGUCAUUAGCUCCAACAGAGGAAGAGAGGGAGAACUUUCUGCGCAGAGGAGACGGACGGCGGCGUGGAGGGGGAGGAAGAGGACAGGGAGGAAGAGGACGAGGCGGAGGCUUCAAAGGAAACGACGAUCACUCCCGAACAGAUAAUCGCCCACGUAAUCCAAGAGAGGCAAAAGGAAGAACAGCUGAUGGAUCCCUUCAGAUCAGAGUUGACUGCAAUAAUGAAAGGAGUGUCCACACUAAAACAUUACAGAAUACCUCCAGCGAAGGUAACCGGCUGCGCACGGGUAAAGAUCGUAACCAGAAGAAGGAAAAGCCAGACAGCGUGGAUGGUCAACAACCACUCGUGAAUGGAGUACCCUAAACUGCAUAAUUCUGAAGUUAUAUUUCCUAUACCGUUUCCGUAAUUCUUAUUCCAUAUUAGAAAACUUUGUUAGGCCAAAGACAAAUAGUAGGCAAGAUGGCACAGGGCAUGAAAUGAACACAAAUUCUGCUAAGAAUUUUAUUUUAUUUUUUGUAUUGGCCAUAAGCAACAAUUUUUCAGAUUUGCACAAAAAGGAUCUUAAAAUUUGAAACAUUGCUUUUAAGUAUACUUAGCACUUCAGGGCAGGAUUUUAGUUUUAUUUUUUAAAGUACUAAGCAAUGAUAAUAUUUGUUAAUUUGGACCAUUUUCCUGCAUUGGGUGAUAACUCACCAGUUCAUUUCAGUCUUUCUGAAUAAAUAGCAUUUAUGGUAAUCAGACUGGACUUCUGUUUUCAAUCACAUUUAGGAGUCUAUGAAAUGCUAUGUCAUUUCAUGUCCUGUGUCAGUUUUUGUUUUGGUCCACUUUUCCAGUAUUUUUGUGGACCCUGAAAUAUGUGUGAUGUGACAUUUGUCAUUUUCAUUAGCAAAAAAAAAAGUUGUAUGAUCUGUGCCUUUUUUAUAUCUUGGCAGGUAGGAAUAUUAUAUUUGGAUGCAGAGUUCAGGGAAGAUAAGUUGGAAACACUAAAUGUUAAAGAUGUAGCAAACCCUGUCAAACAUUAGUACUUUAUAGAAGAAUGCAUGCUUUCCAUAUUUUUUUCCUUACAUAAACAUCAGGUUAGGCAGUAUAAAGAAUAGGACUUGUUUUUGUUUUUGUUUUGUUGCACUGAAGUUUGACAAAUAGUGUUAUUGAAAGGGAUGUGUAAUUUUUCUGUAUAGACAGGAGAAGAAAUAACUAUCUUUUCAUUUGAGAGAGGCUAAAAUGUUUUCAGCUAGGAACAAAUCUUCCUGGUCGAAAGUUAGUAGGAUAUGCCUGCUCUUUGGCCUGAUGACCAAUUUUAACUCAGAACUUUUUUUAUUUUGUCCUCCCUAAGUUUUGUGAAGUUUUUCACAUUUUAAGUUCAGGCUUAUUUGGGGGAGAUAGGAAGGUCAUUUUCAUGUACACAUAAUAAUCCUGCAAAGUACAGGUACUUUGUCUAAGAAACAUUGGAAGCAGGUUAAAUGUUUUGUAAACUUUGAGAUAUAAGGUCUGAUGUAUAAGCAGAAUUGAAAAGCAGACUAGGAUUGGUUAGCAAAUAAUACUUUUUUUUUUUCCUUUUUUGGAUGUGUUGGAUUUUGUUUUUGUUUUUGAGUCUUUCUUUUUUAAAUGAAUGAAAUAUACUGAGGAAAAAUAUGUGAAGGACCUUCACUCUAAGAUGUUAUAUUUUUCUUAAAAAAUAACUCCGAGUAGGGGUACCACUGAAACUGUACAGAGCCGUACAAACCGAAGUUCUGCCUCUGGUGUAUUUUGUGAGUUUGUUUCUUUGAAUUUUCAUUUUUGUUACUUUUCCUUGCAUACAAAUAAGCAUAUAAAAAUGGCGACAAACUGCACAUGAUUUCACAAAUAUUAAAGUCUUUUAAAAAGUAUUGCCAAACAUUAAUGUUGAUUUCUAGUUAUUUAUUCUGGGAAUGUAUAGUAUUUGCAAACAGAAAUUGGUACCUUGCACACAUCAUCUGUAAGCUGUUUGGUUUAAAAUACUGUAGAUAAUUAACCAAGGUAGAAUGACCUUGUAAUGUAACUGCUCUUGGGCAAUAUUCUCUGUACAUAUUAGCGACAACAGAUUGGAUUUUAUGUUGACAUUUGUUUGGUUAUAGUGCAAUAUAUUUUGUAUGCAAGCAGUUUCAAUAAAGUUUGAUCUUCCUCUGCUAAAUUGAUGUUGAUGCAAUCCUUACAAAUGAUUGCUUUUAAAAUUUUAAGAUAGGAAAAGAAAUCUAUAGAAAGUGUUCUGUUACAAAAUGUAACUGUUGCCAUUGGAAAUUUCACAUGUCAUAGGAAGUUAGCCGUUAUCUACCAACUUUCAAGAACUUACUAUUGUUUAAUAAAGUGAAAAAAAAUCAGCAAAAUGGUACAAAACACAAUGUACCAUUACAAUAUGCACUAAGUCUCUUUUUUACAAAGGCUGAAUUCAGCAAGGCGCUAACUUGCUUAAAUGUGAAUUACUAACUUCUAAAACUGUAAUUUGAUUCACAUGUUUUCAAAUGGAGUUGGAGUUGAUUCAUAUUACAAUAUUUGUGUGCUAAAUGUGUAUGUUUUUCAGUUUGAAGUCAUGAUGUUUUUAAAAUCUUAUUAAAGUUUCAAAACUCUGAA